AUGGCAAAUUCUAAAUCAGAGAAGCACCUGACGACAACUUGGGGUGCUCAGCUGUCAGAUCUCCCAGAUCCACCGUGGUCCGAGUAUCCCCGGCCCCAGCUCCGCAGAAACUCCUGGAAGACAUUGAACGGCCUGUGGCGAUGUCGGAUCGCUAAGGAGGGAACGGAUCCCAACCCAAAGGAGAUGUUGGAAGUCCAAGAGUCGGAUCAGGCGAUUCUGGUGCCGUUCUGCUUGGAAUCCAAGCUUGGGGGAGUUCAGAGAAAAUUGGAUCCGGAGGAGGAACUGUGGUAUCAUAGAAGCUUUGAGGUGGAGAAACUCGAAACUUCCAGGCUCCUGCUACACUUCGAAGCUGUGGAUCACAGCGCAAGGGUCUGGGUGAAUGGCACAUUCGUUGGAUCGCAUCAGGGUGGAUUCACCCCCUUCGAGUUUGACAUCACCGAGGCUGUUACGGAGGAUCUGAACCAUUUGGUGGUGCGUGUGAUAGAUGCUACUGGAAACUUCCAGGCGCGUGGCAAGCAGUCGAAAUCGCCCCAUGGCAUUUGGUACACCCGCGUUCCAACCACCUACAUCUCUGAUCUGAGACUCCACACAGAGCGCUUGGAACCUCCCUGUUUUCAGCUUCAGAUUUCCGUGGUGCCAGAGGCUUCAGACUUGAAACUGCGCGUGGUGCUGAUGGAGAAGGAGAACAAGGUCUUGGAGAUGGAAGCGAAUAGCAACGACGUUUUGAAAUUGGAACUGCCAGGUGCCAAGUUGUGGUCCCCGGAAAGUCCUCACCUCUACGACUUGCAGCUUCAGCUGCUUGAUGCGCGGCUCGGGGCAGUGGAUUCCGUGCAGUCCUAUGUGGGGAUACGAAGCGUGGGCAAGCAGCAGGAUGAGGAGGGGCACUGGAGGAUGACCUUGAAUGGUGAGAUAUGCUUCCACUUGGGCCCCUUGGAUCAAGGCUGGUGGCCGGAUGGGCUCUUAACGGCCCCUUCGGAUGAGGCCAUGAGAUCGGAGAUCGAGUUCUUGAAGGAAGCAGGCUUCAACAUGAUCCGAAAACAUGUGAAGCUUGAACCACGCAGGUACUACUACCACUGCGAUGUGCUUGGCAUCAUGGUGUGGCAGGACCAAGCAUCUGCGACUGAGAAGGAGGGUGAUUGUUUCAAGGUUCCACCUUGGACUCGCCUGCAGCCCGGAGGGCAAGAUGCCGCAUGGCCAGACUGGGCCAGGAAGCAGUUUCUGAUGGAGCUGAAAGAGAUGGUGGAUACCCUCCACAACAGCCCAGCUGUUGUAGUUUGGGUGCCCUUCAAUGAAGCCUGGGGGCAGCAUGACACGCUGGAAAUUGCCAAAUGGCUGCAGGCUUAUGACCCCUCAAGGCUGCUGAAUAUUGCUAGCGGCGGAAACUUUUUCGAAGUGGGCGAUAUCGUUGAUCAUCACAACUAUCCCGAAGCCACCUUUCCGAUGGACGAAAGGUUUCAGCCCUUCAUCAAGGUAGUGGGUGAGUUUGGUGGACAUGGUUUGGUACUUCCUGAGGAACACUUGUGGCAAACAUCUCGAAAGAAUUGGGGCUACGACGUUUUGAAGGACACUUCGGAACUCGAAGCCAAAUACGCCAACUCCAUCCAGAUCCUCGGUGACUGGAUGCAGCGUGGUAUUGCAGCAGGAGUCUAUACACAGACCACGGAUGUCGAAUGCGAAGUGAAUGGUUUGUUGAUUACUAUGGAAUUGGACGCCAAGUUGAUGUUGCGUCAUUUCUGGGUGAAGAUGAAGCAGAGCGAGGGUGUCAUGGGGUGUCCAUCCCUUGUGGAGUGGGAGAGACUACCCGGCAGUGGAGUUCAGUUUCAAGCAUUGCGUGUGCAUGUGCCAUUUCCAUCGUUGCCAACGGUGCCUCCGAGACCCUUAGUGGACGGUGGCAUCAGCUUACGUGCUAUGUUGGGCAUGAGUGCCAUACCAAAGGUAGAGCUUUUGGACAGCGCCAAGCCAUCGACCAGUAGUGCGCAGCCCAUUCGAGAGCCGGAUCCGCUUGUCAUGGAUAUGUUGUCGGGUCCUUGGAAUCACUGUUUGAUGCCGUAUAGGAGCUCAAUGAACAACAUGGUCCAGGAAGUGGUAGCACCACAACUGCACAAGACGCGGCAUGCCAGCGCAGCCCCAGAUUCGUGUCAGAAGGACGCCGUGGCGCAUUGUUCCACAGCCAGAUCACAGGUUCAUUGCUUGGGCCAACAUCGUGCUGACAUCUCGGAGGACUGCCGCCGCGAUCUGGGGAAGUCGGUCCCCUUCGUUUGCAGCGCUGCCAUUGAUCAGCACUGUGAUGUGCUUCACGUGGGCAUCCUGGAGUGCCUGCAGAAGUAUCAAGAGGAGUUGUCGGGUGAUUGCAAAGAUGCUUUCCUGGCCACCAGCAAGGUCAUUCAGAGCCUGAAUUCCGCAGUUCAGGCGAGUGAGUUUGCCCGAAUAGAGACGGUGCCCAGCGACGUUAAGCGAAUCCACCGCUGGUUGCGACGCCUUUGCCGUCACAGCCAGCGCAGGCACUCCUUGGCUCCAAGCCAAGUGGCGUGCUGGCUGACCGGGACUGGGAUCCGGAGAUUGACUUCGGAAACCUUGGCCGCUGAUUUGGGGAAGGAACGCAACCUGGACUCCCAGUUGGCCAAGCUGGCAGGGGUCAAGCUGAAGGAGGCGCCAUCAAUCGCCUCUGCGAUUCAGCAGGCUGAAAAGCAGGCGGAGGAUCAGUUGGUUCACGAUGCAGACAAGAUCGAGUAUCUUCUGAGCCAGAUGUCCGACAAGAUCUCCAAGUCCACACCGAUGCCGCUGCACAGCGGGCACAGUGGGCCCAGCUUCAGCGUCUGA